CCUACCCCGCCCUCGGCGCCCCCGCCCCUCCAGGAAGGGGAGGAGGUGAGGGGAGCCCGCCGCGGAGGCCGAGCGAGCCCCCCGCCCAGCCUAGCGACUGGGGACCCCCGGCACAUGAAGUAGACGCCCCCCGGGAGGACUUGGGUGCAGAGCCGAGCGCGAAGGUCUUGAGUCAGAACACCAACCUUGGGGAUCCUGGACCACUAUCAUGGAGACUGAGAGUGAGCAGAACUCCAGCUCCACCAAUGGGAGUUCCAGCUCAGGGGGCAGCUCAAGGCCCCAGAUAGCUCAAAUGUCACUGUACGAACGACAAGCAGUGCAGGCUCUGCAGGCGCUGCAGCGGCAGCCCAACGCGGCUCAGUAUUUUCACCAGUUCAUGCUCCAGCAGCAGCUCAGCAAUGCCCAGCUGCAUAGUCUGGCUGCCGUCCAGCAGGCUACCAUUGCUGCUAGUCGGCAGGCCAGCUCCCCAAACACCAGCACUACACAGCAGCAGUCUACCACCACCCAGGCCUCAAUUAAUCUGGCCACCACGUCGGCCGCCCAGCUCAUCAGCCGAUCCCAGAGUGUGAGCUCUCCUAGUGCCACCACCUUGACCCAAUCUGUGCUUCUGGGGAACACCACCUCCCCACCCCUCAACCAGUCCCAGGCCCAGAUGUAUCUACGGCCACAGCUGGGAAACCUGUUGCAGGUAAACCGGACCCUGGGCAGGAAUGUGCCUCUAGCCUCCCAACUCAUCCUAAUGCCCAACGGGGCUGUGGCUGCAGUCCAGCAGGAGGUGCCAUCUGCUCAGUCUCCUGGAGUUCAUGCAGAUGCAGAUCAGGUGCAGAACUUGGCAGUGAGGAACCAACAGGCCUCAGCCCAAGGACCCCAAAUGCAAGGCUCAACUCAGAAGGCCAUUCCUCCUGGAGCCACCCCUACCUCUAGCCUUUCUCAGGCCUCUAGCCAGGCCCUUGCUGUGGCUCAGGCUUCUUCUGGGGCUACAGGCCAGUCCCUCAACCUUAGCCAAGCUGGUGGAGGCAGUGGGAAUAGCAUCCCAGGGUCCAUGGGUCCAGGUGGAGGUGGCCAGGCACCUGGGGGCUUGGGUCAGUUGCCUUCCUCAGGAAUGGGUGGUGGUGGGAGCUGUCCCAGGAAAGGCACAGGAGUGGUGCAGCCCUUGCCUGCAGCCCAAGCAGUGACUGUGAGCCAGGGCAGCCAGACAGAGGCAGAAAGUGCAGCGGCCAAGAAAGCAGAAGCCGAGGGGAGUGGUCAGCAGAAUGUGGGCAUGAACCUGACGCGGACAGCAACACCUGCUCCCAGUCAGACCCUUAUUAGCUCAGCCACCUAUACACAGAUUCAACCCCAUUCACUGAUUCAGCAGCAACAACAGAUCCACCUACAGCAGAAACAGGUGGUGAUCCAGCAGCAGAUCGCCAUCCACCACCAGCAGCAGUUCCAGCACCGCCAAUCUCAGCUCCUCCACACAGCCACCCACCUCCAGUUGGCCCAGCAGCAACAGCAGCAGCAGCAGCAGCAGCAGCAGCAGCAACAGCAACAGCAGCAGCAGCAGCAGCAGCAAACCACGACCCUCACUGCCCCUCAGCCACCACAGGUCCCACCUACUCAGCAGGUCCCACCUUCCCAGUCCCAGCAGCAAGCCCAAACCCUGGUUGUUCAACCCAUGCUUCAGUCUUCUCCCCUGUCCCUCCCGCCUGACCCAACCCCCAAGCCACCCAUCCCCAUCCAAUCCAAACCACCUGUAGCGCCUCUUAAGCCUCCUCAGUUAGGGGCUGCUAAGAUGUCAGCUACCCAGCAACCACCACCUCACAUCCCUGUGCAAGUGGUAGGCACCAGACAGCCAGGUACAGCCCAGGCACAGGCUCUGGGGUUGGCACAGCUGGCAGCUGCUGCACCUACUUCUCGGGGGUUGCCGGGUACAGCACAGCCAGCGGGUCAGGCCCAUUUGGCCGCCUCACCACCUUCAUCCCAGGCUCCUGGUACACUUCAGGAGUGCUCUCCCACGUUGGCCCCUGGGAUGACCCUUGCCCCUGUGCAGGGGACAGCACAUGUAGUAAAGGGUGGGGCAACCACCUCCUCACCUGUUGUAGCUCAGGUCCCUGCUGCCUUCUACAUGCAGUCUGUGCACCUGCCGGGCAAACCCCAGACGUUGGCUGUCAAACGCAAGGCUGAGUCUGAAGAAGAGAGAGAAGAUGUCUCUGCACUAGGUUCAAUGCUUCCUGCCAAGGCAUCUCCAGUAGCAGAGAGCCCAAAGGCCAUGGAGGAGAAGAGCAGUCUUGGAGAGAAAGCUGAACCAGUGGCCGCUGUGAAUGCUAAUACCCCAAGCAGUGAACUAGUAACCUUGACCCCUGCCCCAUCAGCACCACCUCCUACGCUAGCCAUGGUGUCCAGACAAAUGAGUGACUCAAAACCCCCACAGGCCAUCGUGAAGCCCCAGAUUCUCACUCACAUCAUUGAAGGCUUUGUUAUCCAGGAAGGAGCAGAGCCUUUCCCGGUGGGUUGUUCUCAGUUACUGAAAGAGUCUGAGAAGGCACUACAGACUGGUCUCCCGACAGGGCUGAAUGAGAAUCAGCCAGGUGGCCCCUUGGGAGGGAACAGCCCAUCUGCUGAACUAGAUAAGAAGGCAAAUCUCCUGAAGUGUGAGUACUGUGGGAAGUACGCCCCUGCGGAGCAGUUUCGUGGCUCCAAGAGGUUCUGUUCCAUGACUUGCGCUAAGAGGUACAAUGUGAGCUGUAGCCACCAGUUCCGACUGAAGAGGAAAAAAAUGAAAGAGUUUCAAGAAGCGAACUAUGCCCGCGUUCGCCGGCGUGGGCCCCGCCGCAGCUCCUCUGACAUUGCCCGUGCCAAGAUCCAGGGCAAGCGCCACCGGGGUCAAGAGGACUCUAGUCGGGGUUCAGAUAAUUCCAGUUAUGAUGAAGCACUCUCACCAACAUCUCCUGGGCCUUUAUCAGUGAGAGCUGGGCAUGGAGAACGUGACCUGGGGAACCCCAACACAGCUCCUCCAACACCAGAAUUACAUGGCAUCAACCCUGUGUUCCUGUCCAGUAACCCUAGCCGUUGGAGUGUAGAGGAGGUGUAUGAGUUUAUUGCUUCUCUACAAGGCUGCCAAGAGAUUGCAGAGGAGUUUCGUUCCCAGGAGAUUGAUGGACAGGCCCUUUUAUUACUUAAAGAAGAACAUCUUAUGAGUGCCAUGAACAUAAAGCUGGGUCCUGCUCUCAAGAUCUGCGCCAAGAUAAAUGUCCUCAAGGAGACCUAACGUGUCCUUUUGCACAAACCAGCCUAAGACAGACACUCCCUACUGUCCAGGUUAUAUAACCUGGUACCAGCAGACUGUAGGGAAGAAAGAGCUGUUCCAAUUAUGUCAAUCUUCUGUAGAGGGGAUUACUGAGACAGGGAAGAAGAGUGCAAGAACUGGCUGCUGGUGCUACAUGGCAGCAGCUCUUGACAUUUUCUCUGGGUUCUACUUUAUUUUUAAAAAUCUUUACAGUGCUCACCAUUCCCACUGACCCCAAUCCUGUCUUUAUAAUAAAGUGGCAGUCUAGAGAACUAGGACUGCUCAGCCUUAUCCUGGAGUGGAGCAUCUAGCCAGGGUCUCUCUGCUCCAAGAGGAAUAUACAAUAUGGUAAGGCAAGGAAAUGGGUGGGGUGUAGGUUUGCGCCCCCAAGGGGAGAGGUAGGAUUUUCUAGCUUGUGUGGCACAAGUAGAAAAAUCUGGUACUCCCCCUAUUCCUUCUGGAUUGUCUCACUGUAGCUGUGGCCUGGAGUUUUCUCUUUGUCGUCACUCCCUUAGUAUUGAACCUUUUCACCUGCAUCUGUGGCAGGGUCACCAGCCAGUGACUUGGUUGGCAUCUUUCUGAUUUGCUGCAGGGACUAAAAGUGUUUGACUGGCACGUGUACGGCUAUUGUCCUUCUUUCUGCAUCCCUCGCUCCCCUCCAAUCUAUCUGUUGUCUUUCUUUUCAGUUCCAACUCUGCUCUGUCCUAUAGCUUUAUAAAACAGGAGUAAGUGGGGCUAAGGUCAGGAGUAUAAGUACCUGCCUUAGGCGCUAUUCCUUGUACAACAAAAAUAUUAAAUAUUUUUUUCUUCCUCAGUAAAAGGAUGAAAAUUGGUCUCAGUUGUCUUACUCAAUUGCAGUAUUUCUACCCCCCUUUUUCAGACAAAUGAUUAAACCAACAUGGUCUUUUUGUUUUGUUUUAAUCUUUAAGUGUUUUCGUACAAAAAGUGUAUUUUUUUUGCAUUUUAAAACACCAGGGUGUGGGGAAGGGGUGCAAACAAAAAAUAAAAAAGAUGUUGCUUUUAUAACAUUAUUUUCCCUGUUUAAAAAGGAAAAAAAAAAAUCAUUCCUAUAGUAUGGAAAAUCUAAAGAUGACUAACUUCAUUUUUCUUCUCAAGCCUAUACAAAAGGCCCCUCACCUACUCAGCCCUCGUUUUUUGUCCACUGGAGUCACCGUACUCUUCAGUGGCCCAGGCGUUCACUGUUACAGAAAGAUCAGCCCACAUUUCCAAGCACAUGGCCAAAACAAAAGUGGAAGCAUUAGAAGAUGAAAAAACCCUGUACCACAGAAAUGUUGCGGGCAAGAAGACACCUCCCUGAGCCGGCGGAAAGGACAGGUGUGGCAGCGGCCCACACCCAGAGCAGAGGACAGCAGAGUCCUAGAUGUCUCACUUCUACUUCAUUCCCUUUCCAGAGAAUUGGAAAAAAAAAAAAAGGACAUGCCUGGAAAGAAAGUGCAA